GGAUAUCUCUUAGUUUCCACGUGGCACAUAGUGUCUGGUCCGGAGAAAAUGAUGAUUUCGUUCCGGUGCGUGAACUUUCGUCGCGUAUAAAAAUGCUCUCUUCUCUCUUAACAAAAUAAAGAAGUAACGAAAUUGAUAAUAAUCUCCUUUUAACUCUGAGAGCUGAUCUACUACCCUACUGAGAUUGAGAAGAUGGCGAUGCGACGAGUCACCGGAGCAGCGAUCAGAGCUUAUGCUCACUCUUCUUCUUCGGGUUAUUUCGCUCGUCAGUUUCAUGCUUCUUCUGGUGAAAGCAAAAAGAUCGUUGGGGUUUUCUACAAGGCCAAUGAAUACGCUUCCAAGAAUCCUAACUUCCUUGGCUGCGUCGAGAAUGCCUUAGGAAUCCGCGACUGGCUUGAAUCACAAGGACAUCAGUACAUUGUCACCGACGACAAAGAAGGCCCAGACUGCGAACUUGAGAAACACAUCCCGGAUCUUCACGUCUUAAUCUCAACCCCGUUCCACCCGGCGUAUGUGACUGCUGAAAGAAUCAAGAAAGCCAAGAACCUGCAGCUUCUCCUCACCGCUGGUAUUGGCUCCGAUCACAUCGACCUCCAGGCAGCUGCGGCUGCUGGCCUGACGGUGGCUGAAGUCACUGGAAGCAACGUGGUCUCGGUAGCAGAGGACGAGCUCAUGAGAAUCCUUAUUCUCAUGCGCAACUUCGUACCAGGGUACAAUCAGGUCGUCAAUGGGGAGUGGAACGUGGCCGGCAUUGCGUACAGAGCUUACGAUCUUGAAGGGAAGACCAUAGGAACCGUUGGAGCUGGGAGAAUCGGGAGGCUUUUGCUACAGAGGUUGAAACCGUUCGGGUGUAACUUACUCUACCACGACCGGCUUCAGAUGGAACCGGAGCUGGAGAAAGAGAUUGGUGCAAAGUACGUUGAGAAUCUCAAUGAAAUGCUCCCUAAAUGCGACGUCGUAGUCGUCAACACUCCUCUCACAGAGAAGACAAGAGGAAUGUUCAACAGAGAGAUGAUAGGAAAAAUGAAGAAAGGCGUUAUGAUAGUGAAUAACGCGAGAGGAGCCAUCAUGGAGAGGCAAGCGGUGGUGGAGGCGGUGGAGAGUGGACACAUUGGAGGGUACAGCGGAGACGUGUGGGACCCUCAGCCAGCUCCUAAGGACCAUCCAUGGCGUUACAUGCCUAACCAAGCCAUGACUCCUCACAUCUCCGGCACCACCAUCGAUGCGCAGCUACGAUAUGCUGCGGGGACGAAAGACAUGUUGGAGAAGUACUUUAAGGGAGAAGACUUCCCUGUCCAGAAUUACAUCGUCAAGGACGGUGAACUUGCUCCUCAGUAUCGGUGAGCUUUUUCAACUCUCAACUCUUGUAUCUAAGGGGCAAAAGCCUACAAUAAUUUGUCCCUUUGUCCAUUUGAAAAAAAAAUGUAAUAAAUCAGCAAGACAUGUGAGGUUAAUAUUUUAAAACAUUUAUGUCUUUGAUCUUUGAGUUGAACCGAUCGAGAACUGGUGUAACUGGUUAAGAAUCUAAUUGACCGAGGGUUUAAGUAUUCGUUUACGAUUGGUUUACCCUCGAGAGGUAUUUGCUUUUCUGUGUACGAUAUCUAUUAUCUAGUGUGGGUUGGUAACAAAAGACGUGUGGCCGAUCUUAG